ACUUGUGAAGAAUAUUGAGAAUCUCUCCAAUAAAGCUGCCAACCAGAUUAUUACAUCAGCUAAGAUGCUGCUAAAUGAACAAGUGGAGAAUCUCCGUGCAGAGGCCGAUUUCUUGGUCACCAUGCCAACAGAUGUCAAUAAUGCUCAAAUAGGCGAAGACAAUAAAGCAAUCCUCAAUGAAACAAGUGAUAAUAUACAUUUACCAUAUACAAGUACUCAAUUAAGCCAAUCCCAGCUAUCGUAUGGUAGCAGUCAGGCAAGCGAAGCCAGUUUGCCUUAUGCAAGUAGUCAAAAUUUACUAUUUCCUGUUGAAUGAGUUGCAAUAGAUGGCUGCCAUAAUGUGCAGUCACCUGUCUUUGAGGAUCAGCCAGUACAGUGUAAUACUGUUUUGGAGUAUAAUGCCAUAUUGACACAUGUAAUAGUCAUGACACAUGACAGCAUCCUGAUAUUUAGAUGAAAACAGUCAUAUAAGAAAUAUACCAAAGAGCAGGUGUUAUAUCGACGAAUACAGACCGCAGGGGUAGGCACAACAGUCAAUAUGAAGGCCUCUUGAAAUAUAAUGCCAUAUUGACACAUAAUCCCAUCUCAAAUCAUGAUGACAUCUUCAAUCCUGAUGCUCAGAUGAACUGAAUCCAGUAAUUGUUAUUAUGGAUAGCAUUAGGAGCCUUGUUUAUGCCAAGUUAUAACAGUGAGAGAAUAAAGAGCAGAGGUGUAGCCAAGAUCCAAAAAUAGGCAAGACAUUUAAAUGGUGAGGCAAAAAAGACAAAGACGAUAUUAUUAUGUCACCACCAAAAAUGGUGACAUAUUGUUCGUCUCCAGCUUUUUUUGUGGAUGGCAGUCAGCGUCCAGUAGUCAGCGUCUGUAACAAAUGUCAGGUGGUGAGAUUUCGCAUCUUAAUGCUUUG